CACGAGGCGUGCCCGUGUUGUUUAAGUAAAGUGGCUCGGGAAUUCUUGCAUUUUGAGCUCGUUGAAUCGAUACGAGUUCCCGAGUGGGAACAUUCGCACGUUGAUCAGCCGCGUUCGAGCGGUGGAUCAUCACGGGCGCGCCACCGCGCCGGGCCAAUCAGCGUCACCUUCACGUCGCCUGAUAUUCCGCUCGGCCAAUCGCCGCUCUUCCUUCAUUUCUUUUUUUUGUGAUAACGUCGCGUGAAAAUCUAUAAACUAUACGUAAGAAACGAUUAUUUUUAUAUUUGAAUUGUAAUUUUCCGCUGCUACCGAUUGCUGUUAUUGAAAGUUUCUUUGUAGAAAGAAGAUCUCGUAUUAUGUAUAGCAAUUUUAAGUUGAGCAUUAUCAUCCUCCGAUCAUUUAAUACUAUCUAUUCCGAUCAUUUACUACUAUCUAUUCCGGCAUGUCUUCGAGGAACUGAGCUACUUGGCGAAUGUAAAAUUGAGCGCGCAAUCAUUAAUGCAUGACGUAUUGAUAAGCAUAAAUUUUGCAUCAGGAAUUGGUGCAUUACAGGUGAUUACUGAAAAACUCUUGUGAGGGUGAUAUCCAUUUUAAUAGAAAAUUGAAUAAUGUAAUGCGAAUUGUUACGUGAUCACACACAUAUAUCUAUCUCACUUGUAAAUAUAGGUUCUUAUCUCUCUUGUUGAUGAUUACAGUUUAAAACAAAUGCUCGUAUAAUCAUUUUUGUGCGCGAGCACAGAUUAUCUCCACGUGGGAUAAAAAGUGAGCCAUUUGAAAAAUGAGAACGAGUAGACUGGCGAUUUGCAUAUCGGUAAAUAGUAUAUACUGAAUAACGUAACGUGUAAGUCAUGUCGCUAUGCAUACAAUAGCAUCGCUAAUCCAUGAUCCUUGAAACAAAGUAAACAAGAAAUGUACUUCGACGUUUUUUACACCAAGCACACAUGCGUCAUACACUUUAUUGCAAAUUCGUUUUGCGUCCGUCAUUCGCGAGACCGUCGAAUCGACACGGUGGGAAACUCGGUUACCUCUCACGGCGGCCGCGUGAGAAGCAACAAUUAAAUUGAGCGAAAGCUUGAGAAAGGGCUGGGGAGAGACGCGCGAAAUCGACGGGCGGAAAAUCGAUAUCCUGCGGCGGGUAUGAUUUACAGAACGAUCACGAAUUACGGGACAGAAAAACCGAAAACGGAAAAUAAGCGCGAAGUGAUGAUCUCGCGGCGGAAUUGUCGAGGUCGCAAUGACCGGCGACCCUUGAACCCAAGAGCACGCCUGGUAAUCAUGUUCCCUCGUACGACACACUCGCGUAUGCGAUGAUGCUCCCCACGUGGGGCACUGCAAGUCUUCUACUUCGAACUUAUUGGCCAGUCAGUGCCUCGCGCGUGAUCCGACGAUCGUCUCGUUACUCCUCACCGUCGUAAGCUUGCUCGCAUUAGUCUUCCGACAACGCGACAACGUCGAUCUUGUGCUUCGACUUUGAAUGCCAUUCCUCGCUGUAGGCAGAAAGGGGCCAAGGUGAAACGCAAGGUGUACCUGUGGUAUGCUACGCAAUCUUCUGGAUUUCUUGUCUGGUACUUUCGUUAAUUCGUAUACAUACCCGCGUUACAUCGUACCUCUCUGUACUUCUCGCGACGAACGAGCGACCGUAGCCGCCAGCCGUAGACAGUAGUCACGGUAGCCACGGCGUACGCUCAUUUUCUCUUCAUUCCCGUCCCUUUAAGCCCCUUUUGUAUCACGCGACCGCUUCAGAGCGAUCUCUUCCGCUGCUUACCGAGGACACCGCUCGUUCGGAAGGCCCCCGGUUUCCUCCACGGUAACGCGAUCCACCCAGUAGGACUUCUCUCCUAGGGUAACGUCGAGCGCGCGGACGGGCAGCCAAGCGGGUACAAACCGUCCGAUUCCUCCGAUUCGGAGUCUACUACGAAGCCAAUCCAUCUUGUCGGUUCCUCAAGGACCGCUCGCGCGAAAGAAAUGUCGGACGCACAGGUGAGCUUCGUCGUCGGGGAACCCGAGCUCGAUCCCGAUAGCGGUCCCGAUCCUAGCGAGGUGCAAGAAAUCGAGGAUAGCUUCCCGGACGAAGGCAGCGAUUUCAAUUAUUUGCAGAUGCAGAACAAUAUUGUGCCAGGACCGGGCGAACGCCGCAAGCGUCUCAGGCCCAGCAUGUCGCAGGGUACGGUGAUGAUUCAAGCACAAAAUCGACUACAAGAAAAGGAUUUCACUGUUGCGACACCCGAAGAGUUUGUCCAUCGUUUCGGAGGCACCAGGGUUAUCAACAAGGUGCUAAUCGCCAACAAUGGUAUCGCAGCGGUUAAAUGUAUGCGAUCGAUUCGACGAUGGUCAUACGAGAUGUUUAAAAACGAGAGAGCCGUGCGCUUCGUGGUGAUGGUCACGCCAGAAGAUCUAAAGGCCAAUGCAGAGUACAUCAAAAUGGCAGACCAAUACGUGCCUGUACCGGGUGGAACCAACAACAACAACUAUGCUAAUGUAGAACUGAUUGUCGAUAUCGCGUUACGUACUCAGGUCCAAGCAGUUUGGGCCGGAUGGGGCCACGCUUCGGAAAAUCCUAAAUUGCCGGAACUACUCCACAAAAAUAACAUCUGCUUUAUUGGACCAUCCGAGAAGGCUAUGUGGGCGUUAGGUGACAAAAUCGCGUCCAGUAUAGUCGCGCAAACGGCGGAUGUACCCACUCUUCCUUGGUCAGGUUCGGAAUUAAAAGCACAUUAUAGCGGGAAAAAGAUUAAAAUAUCGUCGGAACUUUUCAAAAAAGGAUGCGUCGCCAGCGUGGAAGAAUGUCUAGCGGCGGCUAACAAAAUCGGCUUUCCAAUCAUGGUGAAAGCGAGCGAAGGUGGUGGCGGUAAAGGCAUUAGGAAGGUCGAAAACGCUGAGGAAAUACCCACCUUGUUUAGGCAGGUGCAGGCCGAAAUACCUGGAUCGCCGAUAUUCAUUAUGAAGCUAGCUAGGUGCGCUCGUCACUUGGAGGUGCAAUUGCUGGCCGAUAAUUAUGGUAACGCGAUAUCAUUGUUCGGACGCGACUGCUCCAUUCAAAGAAGACAUCAAAAGAUCAUUGAAGAGGCACCGGCUGUAAUCGCCAAACCAGAAGUUUUCGAAGAGAUGGAAAAAGCUGCUGUGAGAUUAGCGAAAAUGGUGGGAUACGUUAGCGCAGGUACCGUCGAGUAUCUGUACGACACAUCCGGCCGAUAUUAUUUCCUGGAAUUGAAUCCUCGCCUCCAAGUGGAACAUCCUUGUACCGAGAUGGUAUCGGAUGUAAAUCUACCGGCGGCCCAAUUGCAGAUAGCGAUGGGCUUACCAUUGAAUCACAUCAAGGAUAUUCGUCUUUUGUACGGUGAAAGUCCCUGGGGUAAUAGCCCGAUCGAUUUCGAUCAACCGCGUCACAAGCCGCAGCCGUGGGGUCACGUUAUCGCGGCUAGAAUCACUAGCGAAAAUCCGGACGAGGGCUUCAAGCCAAGUUCCGGUACGGUGCAGGAGUUGAAUUUUCGAUCGUCCAAGAACGUGUGGGGUUAUUUCUCGGUUGGGGCGUCAGGUGGGCUUCACGAGUUCGCAGAUUCGCAGUUUGGCCAUUGCUUCUCAUGGGGUGAAGAUCGCAAUCAAGCUAGAGAGAAUUUAGUCGUAGCUCUGAAAGAAUUGAGCAUCAGAGGCGAUUUCAGAACAACGGUCGAAUAUUUGAUCACGUUGUUGGAAACCGAGUCCUUUCUACAGAAUAAUAUAGAUACCGCCUGGCUCGAUUUGCUGAUCGCGGAACGCGUUCAAAGCGACAAACCGGACGUCUUACUUGCCGUUACGUGUGGAGCGCUUCAUAUAGCCGACAGAACGAUCACAGCUGCUUUUGCUGGUUUCCAAACAGCCUUGGAGAAAGGCCAGAUACAAGCCAGCAAUGAUUUAGAUCAUGUCGUUGAUAUUGAGCUUAUCAAUGAUGGAUACAAGUAUAAAGUACAAGCUGCCAAAUCUGGCCCCAACAGCUACUUUCUCGUGAUGAAUGGUUCUUACAAAGAAGUCGAGAUCCAUCGCAUGUCGGACGGAGGACUGCUGCUCUCGGUGGACGGUGCCAGUUUUACAACUUACAUGCGGGAAGAGGUAGAUCGUUACAGAAUCAUCAUUGGAAACCAAACGUGUAUUUUCGAGAAGGACAAUGAUCCGUCUCUAUUAAGAUCACCGUCGGCCGGCAAAUUAAUCAAUUUCUUGGUCGAAGAUGGUGGCCAUGUUGAUGCGGGUCAGGCAUAUGCCGAAAUCGAAGUGAUGAAAAUGAUCAUGACCGUGACCGCCAGUGAAGUGGGUAGCGUCUUCUAUGUAAAGAGACCGGGUGCUGUAUUGGAAGCCGGCACGUUGAUCGCGCAUCUCGAGCUUGACAAUCCAUCUUUGGUGACAAAAGCGCAAGAAUACUCGGGACAAUUCCUCGCAGCAACCACACCCGCUGUACCGGAGAAACUCAAUCAUCUUCACUCCAAGUAUCGAGACGCCCUGGAAAAUACUCUGGCUGGCUACUGUUUGCCGGAUCCGUAUCAUCUGCCGCGUUUGCGCGAGUUCAUCGAGAAAUUCAUGUGCUCGCUACGCGAUCCUAAUCUGCCGCUGCUGGAAUUGCAGGAGGUGAUCGCGACUAUAUCGGGCAGGAUCCCCAUUUCGGUGGAGAAAAAAAUUCGCAAGUUAAUGUCUUUGUACGAGCGAAACAUCACGUCGAUCCUCGCUCAGUUCCCUAGUCAACAGAUCGCCGCGGUGAUCGACGGACACGCGGCGACACUGUCAAAGCGAGCCGAGCGGGAUGUGUUCUUCCUAACUACUCAAGCCAUCGUGCAAUUGGUGCAGAGAUACCGAAAUGGCAUACGCGGUCGAAUGAAAACUGCCGUACACGAACUUCUUCGACAGUAUUACACGGUCGAAAGUCAAUUCCAACAGGGGCACUACGACAAAUGCGUAUCCGCGCUGAUAGAAAAAUACAAGGACGAUGUGACCACCAUAACCGGUAUGAUCUUUAGUCAUAAUCAAGUGAUGAAGAAGAAUAUUCUGGUCACUAUGCUGAUCGAUCAUCUCUGGACCAACGAGCCCGGUCUUACCGACGAGCUCUCGAGCACACUGACCGAACUGACCAGUCUGAAUCGCACGGAACAUAGUCGCGUCGCGUUGAGAGCCAGGCAGGUGUUAAUCGCCGCCCAUCAACCCGCCUAUGAGCUCAGACAUAAUCAAAUGGAAUCGAUAUUUCUCUCAGCGGUGGAUAUGUACGGGCAUGAUUUCCAUCCGGAAAAUCUGCAGAAACUCAUUCUCUCGGAAACAUCCAUUUUCGAUAUACUUCACGAUUUCUUCUAUCAUAUGAACCGCGCGGUGUGCAAUGCGGCCUUGGAGGUUUACGUGCGACGUGCUUAUAUCAGCUACGAGCUCACAUGUUUGCAACAUCUAGAGCUGUCUGGUGAGAUUCCAUUAGUGUACUUUCAAUUUGUUUUGCCCAGCAACCACCCUAAUCGUCAGAAUCAGUCCCUGGUGGAUCACAGAGCUGGCGCAAUGGCAGCCUUUCAGGAUCUCGAGCAAUUCAGCCAAUACACCGAUGAGAUCCUAGAUUUGCUGGACGAUCUAUCGAGUCCUGUGCCGGUAGUGUCAGCGAAGCUGCUGGAGGCGGUGGAAGCUGUUGGUAGUGAGUCGCGACACAGCACAUCGAUCAACGUGUCUGUGAGCGCGGCAGAGGCACCGGCGGCGGCGACGACAACAGCGGUGACCAAUGACGAGUCUGCCGAACCGGUUCACAUACUUAGCAUUUCAGUUAAAGAGAACGGUACCGAGGACGACGCCACCAUGGCAAGGUUGUUUGGAGAUUGGUGCGCGAAAAACAAGGACGAGCUGGUGUCUCGCGGUAUCCGAAGAGUGACAUUCGCCGCGCUCAAACGGAGGCAGUUCCCCAAAUUCUUCAGCUUCCGCCAGCGAGACAAUUUCGUCGAGGACAGAAUCUAUCGGCAUCUCGAGCCCGGUUGCGCCUUCCAGUUGGAACUGAAUCGUAUGAGGACCUACGAUCUCGAGGCCCUGCCAACAUCCAAUCAGAAGAUGCAUCUGUAUCUCGGGCAAGCAAAAGUCGCGAAGGGCCAGCAAGUUACGGACUAUCGCUUUUUCAUUCGCUCGAUCAUACGGCAUUCCGAUCUCAUCACGAAGGAAGCCAGCUUCGAUUAUCUCCACAACGAGGGCGAACGCGUUCUGCUCGAAGCCAUGGACGAGUUGGAAGUCGCGUUCUCGCAUCCGCUAGCGAAGCGCACCGAAUGCAAUCACAUUUUCUUAAACUUCGUGCCUACGGUCAUCAUGGACCCCAACAGAAUAGAAGAGAGCGUAACCAGCAUGGUGCUACGUUACGGGCCAAGAUUGUGGAAGUUACACGUUCGACAGGCAGAAAUCAAGAUGACUAUCCGGCCAGCUCCGGGAAAACCGACCUCAAACGUGCGUCUUUGCAUCGCUAACGACAGCGGCUACAGCAUUGAUUUGCAUCUCUACACGGAAGCUACCGAUCCCAAAACGGGUAUCAUCCGUUUCGAAUCUUACCCGCCUACGACAGCGAACGCGACCAAUUGGAGGCCUGGUCCCAUGCACGGCCUUCCGAUCUCCACGCCAUAUCUGACCAAAGACUAUCUUCAAGCAAAGAGAUUUCAGGCGCAGAGCGCAGGCACAACUUACGUCUACGACCUACCGGACAUGUUCCGGCAGCAGCUUGAAAAAUUAUGGCACAAAUAUAAAGAAGAAAGAUCAGUGAACGACAAUCAAACUCCGAUCACGAUUCCUAGUCCGGUGAUGGAUGUUGUAGAGCUGGUGUUAGAGGGAGAACAGCUGGUCGAACAAAAGCGAUUGCCAGGCGAGAACGACAUCGGCAUGAUCGCGUGGCGAUUGACCUUGUACACCCCGGAAUAUCCAGACGGUAGGGACAUCAUACUCAUCGCUAACGAUUUAACGUUCAUGAUAGGCUCAUUUGGGGUGCGCGAGGAUCUGGUAUUCUACAGAGCCUCCGAGAAAGCGAGGCAGCUCGGGUGUCCACGAAUAUACUUCGCCGCAAAUUCUGGAGCUCGUAUUGGUCUGGCCGAAGAGGUAAAGGCUCUCUUUAGAAUCGCAUGGGAGGACGAGAACGAGCCGGAGAAAGGUUUUAAAUACAUAUAUCUCACUCCGGAUGAUUACGCGCGCCUGGCACCUUUCAACUCGGUGAAAGCCUCGUUGAUCGAGGAUCCCGCAGGAGAAUCUCGUUACAAGAUUACCGACAUCAUCGGCAAGGAUGGUAACGAUGUGGGUGUAGAGAAUUUGAAAUACGCCGGUCUAAUCGCGGGGGAAACAUCGAGAGCCUACGACCAGAUAAUUACCAUCUCUAUAGUAUCGUGCCGAGCGAUCGGUAUCGGUGCUUACUUGUUGCGUCUUGGCCAAAGAGUAAUUCAAAUUGAAAACUCGCACAUCAUUCUCACCGGAUACAAAGCAUUGAAUGCUGUGUUGGGACGUGAGGUAUAUGCCAGUAACAAUCAAUUGGGAGGCACGCAAAUUAUGCACAAUAACGGAGUGUCCCACGCGACUGAUGCUCGAGACCUGGAUGGAGUAGCAACUGUCCUAAAGUGGAUCAGUUACUUCCCUAAACACAAAGGCGCGCCGUUGCCAAUAAUAUCGCCCGUCCAGGACCCGAUCGAUCGAGAAAUCACUUAUAUGCCUACGAAAACGGCUUAUGAUCCGAGAUGGAUGAUAGAAGGCAGGCAUUGCAGUGAGUCGAGCACUUGGGAAAGCGGCUUCUUCGACCGCGGCUCGUGGCACGAAAUUAUGAGACCGUGGGCACAAACGGUGGUCACGGGACGAGCUAGGCUCGGCGGUAUACCUUGUGGUAUUAUUGCUGUUGAGACGAGAACAGUCGAACUGCAUUUACCAGCCGAUCCAGCCAAUCUAGAUUCAGAAGCCAAAACUGUAUCCCAAGCGGGACAAGUAUGGUUCCCAGAUAGCGCGUAUAAAACUGCACAGGCUAUCCAGGAUUUCGGAAAGGAAGAAUUGCCGCUGUUCAUCUUCGCUAAUUGGAGAGGCUUCUCUGGUGGUAUGAAAGAUAUGUAUGAGCAAAUUAUGAAAUUUGGCGCGUACAUUGUGGAUGGAUUACGACAAUAUUGCAAGCCAGUGUUCGUUUAUAUUCCGCCAAAUGCAGAACUUAGAGGUGGCGCUUGGGCGGUGGUGGAUCCCAUGAUAAACCCUCGUUUUAUGGAAAUGUUUGCUGACAAUACUAGUAAGGGCGGCGUCUUGGAACCUGAGGCUCUUGUGGAAGUCAAAUUUCGUCAGAAGGACAUUGUGAAGACCAUACACAGAAUCGAUCCAGUUGUACACAAAAUAAAAGAAAAAUUGGCGACGGUGAACACAGCGGAGGAACGAACCGAGCUCGAAGCACAGAUCAGUAAACGUGAGGAACUUUUGGAACCGAUGUAUCGUCAAGCUGCCGUUCACUUCGCUGAUCUUCAUGAUACGCCUGAGAGAAUGUUUGAGAGAAACACAAUUCAGGAGAUAAUACCGUGGAAAAAGGCACGACGACUAUUUUACUGGCGGUUACGGCGCAGACUUUUGGAAGAGGAAAUUAAGAACGAUAUCUUAGCGACGCAGCCUAGUCUCGACGUCAGGCAGGUAGGAGCGAUGCUACGACGCUGGUUUAUCGAGGACAAGGGCGCGACGGAAUCAUACUUAUGGGAUCAAGAUGAAGCUGCGGCUUGUUGGCUGGAGGCACAACGUAAAACUGACAACAGUGUUGUAUCGCGUAAUAUAAUGUGCGUGAAAAGGGAUGCGGUAAUAACGCGUAUCAAGGAGGCUCUGGAGACCUGUCCGGAAAUAAAAUUGGAUGCGGUAUUGGAGAUCGCACACAGAUUACAGCCGGCCGAACGGGCGGAGUUGCAAAGAACGUUAACGCAGUUAGAAACGAGGCAGGAGCAUCACAAUGACUCAACAGUUUCGCCCUGAGUACAUUGAUGUAAGAGAAUUUGUUUGAUGUCACGUAUUCCAGCUUAUUAAUGAUUAAUGGACAAAUAGUACAAUUUAUCAUCUUCCUGAAUGAUUCAUAUCAAUUCAAAUAUUCUGGUAUUAAGGAUCAAUAAUCAUGCAGGCUAUAUUGUGAAUAAUUGGAAUAUUUCUGAAGAUUCACUUUCGUCGAGCUUGAUGGAAAUUCGAAUAUUUAUUCAGGAUGAUUCAGGAUUAUGUCAUAUAUAUAUUAAAAAUAGUAGAAUCUCGGUAAUUUAAAUCUCAGCAAGUUUUACUUUAGAGUCAAAUAUCUUUAAUACCGGUCUUUCUAUGCGCUUCAUAUAUUAGCGAAAAAAAUAUAAUAUAUUUAAUAUAUUUAAAUAUAUAUUUCUAAAUAUAUGAUAAAAUUAAAAAAUAAAGAGAAACGCGUCUGUGACGAUGAAAAAUGGAGAAUAGUAUAUACAAAGGGAGUACAAAGAGUUUUGUCUUCAAAUAUCGUACGUUUCUUCGGUUACAAAUUUCUCGACAAGUUUUAAAUUGAUUUUUAUCUGCAAGAAGAUAAAGAAUAACUUUAAAGAAUACUAAGAAUUUUUGUCGGGGCUUUCAAACAUCCAAAAACCCAAAAAUUUUGAUAACCAGAGUCUGAAAGUAAGCUUCGUUAUCAAGGCAAAUCAAUGACAUUAUUAUCUAUAAAAAUAUAUCAAAAUGCGCGCGUUAAGUUUUUAAUUCUUUCUCAAUUAAUAUAUUUUUUGUUAUAAAAAGAAUCAGAAUUGUGAGAGUUAUAUUUAUUUCUUAGCCUCUUGUAUGUGUAUCUGAAAAAACAUUUUUUGCUAAGAAUAAGAUAUCAAACAUAUAGCUUCCCACCUUUUUGGCUUCCUAUAUGUGUACAUCUGAAAAAACAUGCGUUACUAAAAUACAGCAUUCUGUAUAUAAUUACACAGUUACAUGUUUGCUGGUAUAUUUAUAAUCUAUAUUUAUUUUUU